CCGGGACUGUGAUUGGUGGAGAGGAAAAAAAAACAACAGAAGUCAUCGUUAAUUGGACGGUGGUUACGUCAUGGCUGUGCGCGGUUGCUAAGCGUGUGACCUGCAUGUACACAAAGCUCCCCGCAGGCUCCAUAUCACCCAGGAAAAAACGCAGGUAUCCUUCGGGAACACUCUCCUCGUGUUUACGAGAGCUUUCAAGGAAGUUUCCUGCUCCGCUGAGCACGUAUCCAAUGCCGCUGUCGUCCUGAAGGUAUUCUAUGUUCCCAUGUGUCCUUCUGGUGACAAAGGGGUACACAGUGACAGCACAUAUGCAACAAUGGAGGAUGAUGGAAACUCUGCAGACAAGCGGCCAAACACAGUUGACACUCUACCAGUCAGCUCUCCAGCUUCACCCUCUGAACCCCUCACAGAUGAAAAGCGGGCACCUGUGGGGACAGAUGGAGUGCCCGCCCAUGUACCAGUUAUCAGCCUGGGACACAGCAGAGUGGCACUGAGACCAGAAUUCACAACUUUACGCCCUGUACCCUCCUUGAUGCUGGCACUACCAGGGAUACGUGGACCAUUAUUUCCACCCCAGUUUCAUGCUCACCCUUAUCUUCCCAGUCCCUACCUACGUGCCGCUAACCUGAUCCCAAUCUUUUCAGGGAGAUUCAAGAGAAGAAGCCAUUCUGACAUCUUGGAAGCACCCUUCAUAGUACGACAGCCACAAAAAGUUGCUCGCCGGGUCUUCACUAACAGCCGGGAACGCUGGAGACAGCAGAAUGUUAAUGGUGCCUUUGCUGAGCUACGGAAGCUGAUCCCUACUCAUCCACCUGAUAAGAAGCUGAGCAAAAAUGAAAUCCUGCGUCUGGCUAUGCGAUACAUUACCUUUCUGGUUGGUUUGUUGGGUGACCAACACAAUUCCCCUCCUAAAACAUCUCCUUCGAAAAGGAAAUAUACACAGACUGCCCAUGCUUUGGCUCCAAAGGUCAAGGAGAGUCAUAGCCCGAAUACUAACUUGCCUGUUCUGGAAGAUGAGGAGAAAACCAGAUGCUUUGAGGGUACAGUGUCCCCAAUGUCUGGUAGCUGUGGGGACAGCAUAGAAACUGAUGAGGAUGGUGACAGAGAAAGUGUUUCCUCCUCGACAAGUACAAAAAUGACUCUGAUCACAUCAGAAGUAGGAGAAAGUCGGUGAGGACCGUGAAAGGAAGGAGGACGCCAGAUACUGUAACUUUACUAUAGCUGAUCCUCCUUCGUAACUUCACUGCAGUAAAUGGACCUACUACAAUGAACAUCACUGAAUAAAACUGUCAUUGUUUUUCUUAAUGGUGUACAAGUAAAUAGUAAACAGGUAAAUCUGCUUAAGUCCAAAGUCUACUUAAGGAUUUGAUGCACAGGAUUUUCUCCUGAAGAUUUCAUGGUAAAUUAAAUGACUGAGCACAGCUUCUAAUCUGCGCAGGAUCCUGUACGUGUGAAUGUACCCUAAAGGGGUACCCUGCCCCUAGACAUCUAAUCCCCUAUCCAAAUGUCACGCCAUGCACCCUCGUAACGUCACCCCCCCCCCCCAUUAGUUUCUAUGGGAGGAAGCGUGACGGCAAAGGCAUGAAUGGAGGGGGCGUGGCGUGAUGUCUAGGGGUUGAGUACCCCUUUAAACAGUCGAUGCCUAUUAACAGAGGUUGCAUAAAAAGUGUAGCACUGUGAGCUAUGCUGUUCACAGAAUUCCCUGAGCCCUUAACCUAAAUAUAGGUGCAGGUCCCAGAGGUAGGAUCUGCAUCUAGGGGACAAUUAUGGCAUAUCCUGUGGAUUUACCAUAAAUGUCCCAAAUGGGAAUACCCCUUCAAAGGGGUUGUCUGGGCUGCACUUAUUAUUCAUAAAUAUGUCUGCCUUACUACCUGCCUUGCUCCCCAGCCAUCCCUAGUAUCCUCAGGGUCUAUUCACAUGUACAGUAUUCUGCGCAAAUUGGAUGCACAGGAUUUUAUAUAACAGAUUUCAACGUAAACUAAAUGACUGAACACAGUUUCCAAUCCUGCACAUAAAAUCCUGUGCAUCAAAUCUGCGCAGAAUACUGUAGGUAUGAAUAACCAUAAAACUUCGGUCUCUGCAGCGCAGUGUUUUAGGGUUUAUAGAUGUGACGUUAUAGACCCACUCAGCCAGGACAACCCCUUUAAGUGAAUAGGGCCAAACUUCAAUACCAGAUAUAAAAAGCUUUUACAGAAACUACACCACUCUUAUUGGAUUAUAUGUGAAUGUAAUGCUGUCCAUUAAGUAAAAAAAAAAAAUUAAAACAUACCCACCUAUACUUACCCACCAGUCCUGAUGCAGCUUCUUUCUGUCCUCUGCCGCUUAUCUCUUCUGCUUGUUUCCAAGAUGAUAAUAUGGUGCAGGACUUGUCCGCUCUGCCAAUCACUGGACAUAGCAGAGUCCCAUCUUGGUCAGUGAUUGGCUCAGCAGGCAGGUGCUGCCCAAACGCAUUGUCUCGGAAGAGACGAGUUACGGGGGGCCAGAAGCAGCUGCAGGGGACCAGGGUGGGUAGGUAUGUUUUUUUCUUCUUUUUUUUACAACAUGGACAGCAUUAUAUAUAUUCAACUCCAUUGAAAACAUCUUAUCCUCUAUCCAAUUGUUUUCAGCGUAUGUUGUUUUUUAUAACAGUGCUAACCUAAGUAACCCAUGAACUGUGCCAGAAACUGGUAGUGCCGUCAAGAGACAUAUUCCUCUACAGCAGUGUUUCCCAACCAGUGUGCCUCCACUGUUGCAAAACUACAACUCCUAGCAUGAAAAAGGCCUUAUGCAUAAGGAUAUAUGCACUAGAGAAGUAGCCUAUGUAAUCCAGCUUAAGAUAACAUGUAAAAAGAAAAAAGCUAAUAAGUAAUUUGACCCUCUACGUCUACAAGACUAGGAAACAAGGCCGAAGCCCUCCUAUGCUACAGAGCUCUCUGUUAUUUAUGUAUACCACUGGCUAUAUAUACCACUGGUUACUGGUUUUGUUGCACUAAACAUUACUACAUGUGGUGGCCCAGUACGGGAGUUGUUACCCCGUACCCUUGCUUCCUUGUCAGGCAGCCUCCCUGCAGUGUCCCCUGGACCCCCCUGCAUCUGUUCUACUGUAAUCCCCAAUGUUAUGUAUAUGAGAAUGUUGUUUCUUUAAGAAAGGUUAAUGUGGUAGAGGGGUGUGAGCUGCAGGGCAGAUGCAAUUACCCUAGGGGCAGAUGGCAAUAACCCCUUGUAUUCGUGAUGCCAGGGUGUGGUUUAUCCUCAAUACCACCCGAAGGUAUACCGCUGGAUCCUGGGCUAGGCACGGGGGCAAUAAUUACUCCGAAGCCAAGUUACGGUCAAGGGUAGCUUUACUGAGUGACAGAUGGUACAGUCUAUAGAGUGUAGCCGGGCCCACAGAGGUGACCAGUGACU